AAGUACAGUUUGAAUCUCUCCUAGGCCAUCCACAUCAGCAUCCACAUAGGAAAUUCGCUUUCUGUACGUCCGCCACGUGUCAACCCACAGGAAACGCGCCGUUUCAUUUAUUCUUCAGAUUAGUGGGCUUUUUUUGGGUGUUCUGUAUCUGGCCUUUGGACUGUCGAUCUUAGUUUUGUAGCCGGUUUGAACGAACAGAAGAAGCCUCUAACCCUAAUCAGCUUCAGAAGAGAAACAAAUGCCGUAUCUCCACAUCUUUCGACGGCGACUCGAUGUCGUUUCUGCUUUCUAUCACCAUCUGAAACAGUCCGAGUUAAGAGUUCAUGUUUAAUCCCAUCGAUUCAGUGUGCCCAGAACUUCCUCCUUUCUUCACUAUAACCACAAGAAGAAACAAGAUACAAGAAUCUAAGUUAGAGAAGCUUUGCAAUUUGUUCUACAACAAAUUGUCUGAGUGUUGUUUUAUGCUCAAGCCAACCAUCCUAACCAGAAGUUAUUGGCCGUGGAUGUGAAGCCUGAGUUGAUGUCACUACCAGGAAUAACCCCAAAAGUUCAUGGGAGGCUGGAUUUUCCUAAAUGCAAUUUCUGACGCACAUAUAUACUUACUUUGACAAAGAAACAAGUGACAGUGACGCCUGCAACUGCUCAGAUGGUGAGAAAGUAGCUAUUGACCAGAUUAUCGGAGGUGAUGACAUCCUCUCAAACCACCCUGGGGUAUGGGAUGCAACAGCCGCUGCUGAGCAGCCCACUUCUGGGGGAAGCAAUGCAGACGAACAUCUGGUUCCAGUAGGAGGAAACACACUAAAAAGCACAUAUCUCCAGUUGUUGUUAUGCUUUCGUAAAUGAACACCCUCUCUUUGUCCUCUUGAUCUGCUGUUCUGAGUACUCUUGAGCUGAUCUGAGUUUCUUUUGUUUAUUUAGACCAGUUGAAGUCGAGUUCUUCUGAUGGUAAAAUCAGGAACCUAGGGAGAGUGAGAAACUACAUUGCCUUAUACCAGCACCUAUAGCAUAUGUUACACAUCUCUCUUGGCCCAAGAGUAUAGAUUAUGUGCCUUAUGCUAAUGCCCCGUAGAAGGCUAUUCAGAAAUGGAUUUAGUAUGAGAUGGACGUUUUUAGAUUCCUUGGUGGUGGAACUCAUUUCCCUUAAGGUGGUAGGACUGCUUUGGACAAUGGUUGUGAGGUUAUGUCUUAUGUUUGCUUCUGUUUAUAUUCUUUGAGUCUCAUAUUCUUCAUUAGUGACGUUGUGGGAUUAUAUGUUUGUAGUUACUUUAUUUCGGUUUCACCACACGUGAAUUACCUGCUGAGAAGAUGUAUUUGGCUUUAAAAGUAGUUCUAUUACGAUAAUGAUUAUAUGUUUGAAUAUUGCAUACUUUUAAAUUUUCUUUGGAUCAAGCUCUCCCUCAAUGGAAAACAUGUUAACUAGCAUGUGACAUGAUGAAGGGACGAAGAUUUUAGACAUCUUCGAAUGGACAAACAACACUGCCGCCGUUGAUAAGCUGUGGCUGCAACUGAAGCGGUCGUUGCGUGAGGUUCCGAUCGUUAAGAGGAAAUCAAAUGGCAUGAGCAUGAUGUUUCUCAUGCCACCACGAGCAUGCGAGCUCAAGGAACUUCAGAAAAGAUGCACUAAAUGUUUUUACUAUAAGGAGAUGGAGAAGUUUUUGCAGUUGGUGUACCGUGGCUAGAGCAAAGCUUUACGUUUUUAUUUAUUUUCCGUUUUCCCUUUCAGUCACGUCUUAUUACGUUCAGUUUCCUUUUAGUUUUUUGCAUUUUCUGCAUGAAUAUUGUCGCUGGUUUGCAUACAUCACUUGAAACUUCUAUCUGUUAUUUUGUCUUAAGUUUGAGAACUAUCAUGCAGCCAUUAAUAUGUAUUAACCAACUGAAAUAUUAAAUAAUUUAUAUAGGUUCUCACAGUACGAUGCGAUGCCUUCAUUCCACCAGGACAUAAAACAUUACAUUAUAUAUAAAAAAAAAAUUACAUUAUAUAUUUAAACAAAACGACCCCAAAAACUAAAUUACAAUGGAUGAAUACAACAGCUACAAUAGCUAAUAAUUCACUUACUACAGAUAUUAAACAUUAUGAAUCAAUGUAUUUCACAUUACAUGAGCGAAACGUAAUAAUUAGUAGUUCUAAAAACCAAACCGAAUAAAAGAAAUAAGAAUACUUAUCGAAUGGUACAUAUAGUUAAAUGGGCCUAACCGAAUGUAAUUUUCACAAAUAUUACUAAUAAAUUGUAUGUAUAAAAAUACAAUGUAACUUACAGAUAGAUACGAGCCACGCAGAAAAAUAUAUAAAACUAGCUUACAAUUUAUACUAUAUCGCAAAUAAAGAAUACUUAUCAGAGCAGUUGUCAACUAAGUAGCUUAUUAAUUUAUAGUCAUUUUUUCAAGUUCAACACAUAAUAUAUACUAAGUACGAAAAAACAUAAAAAUCCCUAAGAUUUGAUCAUUAUAUAUUAUUUAUUUCAGUCAAAUGCUUUAUUGGGUUUAAAAUAUUAAUUUAUAUAUAUUAUUAAUUUUAGCUUAUAUUUUACUUUUAAUUGGAUACUUAUGCCGUGGUUAUGAAAGUUUUUAUCAUAUAACAACUUAUGAGGUGCGUCUAAUAUCCAGAUAUAUUGUGUAAUUAUUGAUUCAGAUAUAUAUAUUAGGACACUCGCACCUAAAAAAGAAGAUGAACUAUGCGUUGUAUUCAUUAACAAUAUUGUAAGCAAAAAGAAUUCAACAAAGUACCAUGCAAUCAUAUCUUUCACCACCAAUGCAUCUUUGAUUGGUUUAUAUCAAAUUUAAGAUGUCCAACAUGUCAAGCUACAAUAUUUUAAUAUUAUUGUUUACGGUUUACACAACUAAUAAUUAACCUCAAUAAUUAACCGACCUAAUAAUAAAUUUUACAAAUAAACAUAUACUUAAUCUAUAAUUAAAAGUUCGUCUCUUUCGUCACGAUACUUUUAGAUUCAUCCGGCUCCCGAAAAUUACUAAAAAAUGAUGUGAUGGCACCAUGAAAAAAAAAAGUACUUAUCAAUACGGCAUGAGAUAUAUUUAGUCUUCAAAUACAAUAACAUAUACUGAAUUUAACUAAUAUGUAUAUUUUAAAAUAUAAAAAUUAUAUUGAAUAUUUCUUCUAAUUAUUUACAUAAUUUUCAAAGUAUCAUCCCGCCCGUAGGGCGGGCCGGCCCUAGUAAUACUAUAUUGAUAAGAAUUUUAAGUGAGUAUCUCACCAAUGGAAGUCCAAAAUUAGCAUAAGUCUCUCAAAUUAAAUAACACUAAAAAUAUUGAUUUUAUAUUAAUGAGAGACUUAAUGAAUCAAUCUCUCAUCACUAAUGAUGCUCUUAGUUCUUGAACUAUAUAAACCCAUGGAUGCUAGCGUCUAUUAUACAGAGAUCAAUUUAUUGCAUUAACACUUCAAAGACUAUAUAUACCUUAGCUUCAUUAAGAGAGAGAGUCAUCAUAUACUACAUGGCAAGUGUCAAUAUAUGGGGUUGUCUCGUUUUUCUUCUACUACUCUCAGUGCACCAAUGUCGAUCUUUGGUCGUACAAGAGCGACUUUCCGGUUCAAGCCGUGUGAUGAAGAUUAGAAGUGAGCUUUUUGAGAGGCUAAAAGAGCUGAAUGCUAAAUUAGAAGGUGAAGGCGUGGUCUUCGGCAAUACUCUUGACUCGAAGCGGCUCAGCCCCGGUGGUCCUGACCCAAAUCAUCACUAACGAAGGAGGAGACAACAAUUCUGCAUGUGUUUUUUGAACUUUUUGAUUUUGUUGGAGAAGUUUAAUAUUAUUACAACUUUUUGAACUUAACUGUAAGAGCAACAUUAUCGGGGACAAACUGUGUGGAUUUCUAAAAAAAAUAAAAAUAAUAUUAUUUUAACUAUAUUAAUGUAUUUCAUUUCAUUUCAUUUAAUUAAUUGAAUCUCUAGUUAUUUGACAUCUAUCGGGUUAGUUUGCAAACCUGUCAUCAUUGUUUCGCCUCGACCACUUCUAUUCUCUUUCUUCUUUGUGUGUGUUUUUUUUUAUUAUUUUUUUAGUAGUUAAUAUUAAGAAUCUUUCUUAAUAACCUACCGUUAAAGGUGCUCUAACGGUGUAGCGUUUAAUUUCACUGACACCGGAUUGUAAACAUUCAAGCUUAAAUCUUCAAAGUUGAAAGAUGUGUGACCUAAAAGCAGCUUGUUUGAUCUAUAAACAUAUGUAGAAUUUUCUUAUGGCACAAUUCUAUCUCUUUCCACUAAUGUGUUGCUGGUUACAUUAUCUCAUAUGCAUUGUCUUGGUUAUUUGAGGCUCUAUGUUAAGAUUUAAGCUUCAUCUGCUGUCUUGUGAGAUUUUCUCUAUAAUAUGUAGGUUUUAGAGAGAAUUUACCUGCAUAAUUGAAUUUUUGAAAAAAAUAUGUUUAUGACGGGGGGGGGGCAAAAAAAUUAACGAGUGCGGUAGCAAAAUUUUGGUGGAGUCCUGUAGGUAGCACAAAAUGACUACAUUGGAAAUCUUGGGAUAAGGUAUGUGUUAGCAAGGAAGAUGGGGGAUUAGGUUUUAAGGAUAUAACUGAUUUCAAUACAGCAAUGCUCGGUAAGCAGUUAUGGAGGCUAAUAGAAAAGCCACACACGUUAUUCUCUCGGGUAUUUAAGGGUAAGUAUUUUAGGAAUGCCUCACCACUUGAACCGGUUCGAUCAUACUCUCCGUCAUACGACUGGAAGAGUAUUGUCUCUGCUAGAUCUCUGGUAAGCAAAUGACUAAUCAAAAGGGUGGAAACAUGAUCUUCUAUAUCAGUAUGGAACGAUCCUUGGCUCCCAACCACUCGCCCGAGACCAGCCAAUAAAAAUCAACACAAUUUGUUUCCAGACCUUACAGUGGAUUCCCUUAUUGAUUCCACUUCGCGAAGAUGGAAUUCACAGGUUCUUCGGACAUUGGUGGACCCAUAGGAUGUGAAAAUUAUAGAAAAUAUUCCUUUGAGUAGACAUCAUAUGGCAGAUAGGAAUAGAUGGCAUUUCACAAAUAAUGGAAAAUUUACGGUCAAAUCAGGAUAUCAAGUGGAGAGGAUUUACCCGGAUAGGGAGAGAAUACCGUCAUUCAUUGGUCCUAUGGUUGAUGUUCUAAAGGCUUUUUGCUGGAAAAUCCGGUGUCCACCAAAGAUGAAACAUUUUCUUUGGCAACUGAUCUCAGGAUGUAUAGCAGCCAAGAAGAAUUUGCAGGCAAGAGGGAUGCAAGGGGAGAUAUGUUGUGCAAGAUGUGGAGCAGAGGAGGAAUCGAUUAACCAUGUGUUUUUUGAGUGCCCUCCAGCUAUUCAGGUGUGGGCUCUGUCAAAGAUCCCAACAAAUCAAGCUAUUUUUCCGACAUAUUCUUUAUUUAUAAAUAUGGAUCAUCUAUUCUGGAGAGUCGGUCCACCUAUGGAAGAUAAUCAAUUUGCAUGGAUACUUUGGUACAUUUGGAAAUGAAGAAAUAAUAAGGUUUAUAGUAAUCUGGAGAUAGAUCCUAGGGAUACUCUUAAAUUGGCUGAGACGGAAUCAACACUCUGGGUUGAUGCCCAGUUGCAGAAAGAUCAGAAGAUGGGAGCAGAGCCUCAAGUUACGCUUCCUCCGUCGAUUCCCGGCAGAUGGUGUUUUACAGAUGGAUCAUGGAAAGAGGGGGAUAUGUUCUCUGAUCAGGGCUAGUUCAGUACUUUAGUUGGAUUUGUGGGUCUGAUGGGAGCUAGGAAUGUAAGAGCGUCUCUCUCUCCUCUGCAUGCAGAGUUCGAGGCGUUACUAUGGGCAAUGGAAUGUAUGAGAAACUUAAGACAAUUUCAGGUUACGUUCGCAACGGACUGUUCUCAAUUGGUGAAGAUGGUUUCAGAACCAGAAGAAUGACCAGCUUUUGCAAGUUAUUUGGAAGACAUCAGGAAUCUGAAAGAGAGUUUUACAUAUUCAGAGAUAAUACAUGUACCAAGGACGCAAAAUAAAAAGGCGGAUAGUCUAGCACGCAGUGCCAGAAAACAGCUGUCUUUCGUCGUUCACAUGGACCAAUAUCUCCCGGUGUAGUUUACACAGUUUAUAUAAGUUUGUAAUGUUGUCGACAAAAAAAAAAUGUUUAUGAAUUUUUGAGACCCACAAGUACAUAGUGAAGACUGUCAGCAUUAUUUAACAUUGACAAACAUAUAUAUAUAUAUAUUAAAGUCUUCAAAAUUUAAUCUAAAUAGGAACCACAACACUAGUUGACACUAAAUCUUAUAUCUAAACUAAAUGAUUUUACAUAUCAAAUGAUUUUGAAACUAUUAUUGUUGGAUGAUUCACAGUACUAUUUAAAAUUGACGGCAAAACAUACCACAAUUUGAAUAUAUAUUUUAU